AGGUGAUAGUGUUGUAACUCAAUCUAGUCUGAGCCGUGCGGCAGAGUGUCCGAACUAGCUCUAGUCUGAAAGCAGCUUUGUUCUCCUGCGUCAGUCCGGCACCGUCCCCAGAAAUAAACACAUACUCCUGCUCUUUCUGCAAAAUGUGACCAUUAGAGAUUUGUUUUCUAACAUAUGAGACAAUAGUAAUAACCUCAUACACUCAUGACAAACUGGGAUUAAACACCAGUCUUGAUCAUCAGAGGUAAGAGAGCCAGAAAGGAUGAUAGUCCUCUGAUUGUCCCCCACCCUCAAAUAAUUCUAAAUAUCCCUGAUUACUUGGCACAAAAUGGACUUUCCCAUAUGCAGGUGUAACAUAAAUACAUUUGAGCAAAUUAUAUUUCCUAUUUUCAUGUUGUGUUACCAGAUUAACACUGCUUCAAUGAGGUACGAUGUAUAAAGAUAAAAUCCUAGCUCAGUUAACUGUUCAUUGGAGGACGGUGAUUUAAGUCAUGCUACACCACUGCCUCACUACACUGAGCUUUUGACCUUGUCCUGUGACCUCCUCGUUUCAUUAAACGUGUUGACAUGUUGAACAUGCGGCAUAUCUCUUUUGCGUAAAAGCACGGAAGGAGGGCAGAUUAUGUGACUAAGAGAACAGGAGUUGUGCAUUUUCACUCAAGGUGUAGUUUGGGAAAAACCUGGGCUACAAGCUUCUUCUAGUCCCGCUGGACACAGGUGACUUUAAGUAACCAAUGUUUGCUGAUGGCAGUAACAGCAGGAACUGAAUCCGGAUCUUUGAAAGUUGCAGUUUACUGAGUGUCCAGCAGAGGUUAGCCAUGUCUCACAUCAACACCACCGAGCUGCAGUCACUCCUGCUCUCCCUACUGCAGCACUGCCUCAACAGCACCAGCGUACUGUCUCCGCCGAUGCCUCAGAACCACACUACCCAGCAGGCUGCGCACUACGUGUCCGAAGGCAGGGCCCACGCUCAGUCUCAGGGAAUCAUGUACAUCCUCCUGGUGGUUGGCAUGUUCAGCUUCUUCACCUUCGGCAUCAUGCUCAGCUACAUUCGCUCCAAGAAGCUGGAGAGCUCUCAUGAUCCGUACCACCAGUACAUUGCCCACGACUGGACCAAUGUGAUGACUCCGUCCAGGGCCAUCGCUCAGGCUCUGCACAGGGAGGCUGCAGGCAACGGAGCCAGUAGCAACGAGCCAGUCGUCAUCUGCAACCCUGCAACACUGGAUCAGCUGCCGGACUAG